AUGACUGAGUUAGAAACCGUCGAGGAAAAUCCAAGCGAGACGACGGAGAAUUACGAAAUCCACGCCGACGAUAACAGUCAACAUGAUGAGGUAGACGGUAUAGAAUUAGUUGUAAGUGUCGUGGUCGUGGUUGGUCGUUUUUUUUAUUUUUUCUUUAUUUUGUGUUGAUGUUGUGACCUUGAAAAGAGAUUUAGAUGUUUAAUUGGAGCCCUACAGUUCUUGCUAAAAAUCAGACAGAAAUUUGCAUGGGAAUUUUCAAAUUACCAAGUCUUAGGUCGAUAGCGAUGAUUUUCCAUGAUUUUAAUUUGACUUUUUAUAUAUUUCUGCUCAAUUUCCGCCCGUAUUUUUCAUCAAAAUUUGAGCAAUUUUCUUUUUUUUAUUUUUGUUUUGAAUGAAAGGUUCCAUUUAACCUAACUAAAACAACGAAAUUCGUAUUUUAGUUAGAAGAAGUGGUCCAGCGUCGUGAUCGGGCGCAGAGUGUAAACGACAUCUCCAAAUGUCAAGUUCUUGCCUACUCAAUCGGCCAUUUUUACAACGAUCUCUGUUCGAGCAUGUGGUUUACUUAUUUGAUGAUUUAUCUGGAGCGGGUCAUUCGUCUUGAUCAUUCGCUGGCUGGACUGUUGAUGCUGAUUGGUCAGGUAAAUGAGUUCAAUUGGCGGUGUUUUUUGUAUAAUUUUUUGUUUCGAUGGCUGCAGCGUAUUUUACAAAAGCAUAUAAUUUAAGGUGACAGAUGCGAUUAGCACACCAAUUGUCGGACUGCUUAGUGACGCUUCAAUUUUACCCGGGUUUUUAUGCAAGUUUGGAAGAAGGAAGUCUUGGCACAUAAUUGGUAAGCAUCGAUUUUUUACGCGCUGCUUGAGCUUCCGUAUUUUAAAUUUUGAAAACUCGAAUUCCCUUUUUGAAAAGUAAUCCUUAAGUUUUCUCCGUAUUUUAGGAACCUUCUGUGUGACAAUCUCGUUCCCAUUUAUCUUUGGCGGCUGCCUUCUUUGCGAAAAAGGUACCGAAAGUUGGCUGAAGGUGCUAUGGUUCGCCCCAUAUAUUGCCAUGUUCCAAUUUGGGUGGGCUGCGGUUCAGGUAAGAUAAAACUUUGAAUUUGAUUUGGGAAAGGGUUCUACAGAAAUUGAAAAAAAAACUUGAAAUUUUUAUUUAACACGCAAUAGAAGGGCUUUAUUAAGCGGAGGUGAAUUUUGGUCUAAUGUAAAAUUGACUCGUCGAUCUCAAAAAAAAUAUUGUUUAUUAUUGAAAGGUUUUUUGUAUGGAAGUUUGGCGUUCAAGUUUGCCUAUCACUUUAAAAUUAAAGAAAUGGGAAUAAGGUAUUUUUCCUUUGAUUUUGACAGGUUCCAUUAUAAGGGCGUUCGCUCUACAGAGGUUUCACUGGCUAUUCAUUUCCAAGUUUAUUUCAGAUCUCCCAUCUGGCCAUGAUCCCUGAACUCUCGGAGAACCCAAGCCGUCGAACCUCAAUGAAUUCGUUGAGAAAUGCCUUUGGAGUUAUCGCAAAUCUAACAGUAUACAUUGGAAUGUUCACUCUACUUAGCAACGACACCAACUCACUUGAGGUCAAUCCAGGAGAUCUCAACUACUUUAGAGUAGGUUCGAAUUUAAAACAUCUCAUGUUUUAAAAAAUGACUUACAAGAAAUUUUUUUAGGAAGUCGGAGUAGGCUCAGUUGUCCUCGGUCUGACAAUUACAAUCGUCUUUUAUCUGUUCGUCAAGGAACGAUCGUAUCAGCGAAUGUCAUCUUCCACUUUGUCACUGCAAUCCGACGCUUCUUCGAUUAUUCAAAUGGGCUGGAAGAAUUGGUUCUCGCAUAUUGAGUUUUAUCAAGUAAGAUGAGUUUAUGCGAAAUAAGGAAUCUUCAAGCCCCUAUAUUAAAUGAUAUAUUUAUGCUUUACCCAUCAAAUUUCAGGUCGCAUUCCUCUACAUGUUCUGCCGAUUGUACAUCAAUGUGGCUCAAGUGUACUUCCCGUUCUACAUUACUAGCAGUCGAGAACUUCCCAAAGACUAUCUUGCAAUCUUGCCGUUGGUGAGCUAUUUGUCAUCGUUUGUCGUGUCGAUGAUUAUGGGAGUUCCGAUGAUCAACAAGUUGUUUAAUCGAAAAGUAGGUCCGGAAACAAAUGAGAUGUAAUAUCUGUACUCCCCAAACUUUGUUGUUGGCCAUAUAUUUGCUAGUUUUGAGCCUUGUGAACUCAUUUCUUCAGCCUCUUUAGCAUAGAAAUUAUGCUGAAGGUUUUCAUGUCAAAACUCGGAAACAUAUGCAGAUUUUGUACCACUAAUCGACCAAAACAAUUACGAAAAUUAUGGUAUAAGGCAACCUGGCAAGCUCAAACAACGCCUAGAUAAAUCAGACCCCAGUGAUCGUCAUAUUUUCAAAUCCUCAGCGCCAAAAUAUUUACCAUUUCUCACUUUCAGGGUCUAUUCAUGCUCGCCGCAAUCAUCGGAGUGGCAAAUGGAGCUGUUGUUGAGCUCACCACUGACAUCUACAGCAUUUACAUUGUUUCAAUUCUUCUCGGAAUCGCUCAAGCUCUACUUUUGAUCAGCUCUCUUGGGGUGACUGCUCAACUCAUCAAUCGGAAUACUGUAAGUUGCGAGGACGCUCUUAUUGAUGUAUUUUACAAACUGUUUCAACAAAAAAUUUUUCUGCAGGAAAGCGGUGCCUUUGUUUAUGGAGCGAUGAGUUUUAUGGACAAACUUUCAAAUGGGGUUGUCAUCCAGGUCAUUCAGUUGUUUGCACCGGCUUGCGAGUAAGUAUAUUGCAGUUAAUCUUCUGUGAAAAGAACAGGGAUUUUGUUGAGGUUCUUCUUGGCCUUAAUUUAACCUUUGUGGCUUUUGGAUUUGUUCAUAACGGACAUAUUAUAUUUGGUCAUAGUUAUACAUAAAGAGGCUCUACCAUCAAUGAUCAUUUUAAAAAAACAACUUUUUACUGCAAUUUCUAACAUGUAAUAUUUAAUUUUUCAGCGAGCACUCCCAGGAAAGCCCGGCUUGCAAAAUGUUUUACAGAAGAGUCAUGACGUAUGUUCCUGGCUCAUGUGUAAUCAUCAUCUUUGCUAUUUUGAUCUUCUUGAAUACCAAAAAAUUGGGAGAGAGGCUGAAGAGGCGCCAGAGUGAAGAAGAUUGUAAGUCGCUAGAACUUUUAAUUUUUACUGUCUGUUUCAGUAAUGGAUGACCAUUUGGUGUCCACCGAAGAAAUCUAA